UCAGUGUCAUCUGUCACCUACGAUGGUUAUUGUUUUGACGAGUUACAUUUAUUUUGCAAGUGAGAAGACUUAUUAAUAAUAAAAUGGUUUAAAGUAAUCAUUUCCAAAAUGCCUAGAACUCUGCCGUUAAGGAUAUCCAUUAGAGACUGUUUAGUUUUAGUUCUUUUAGUUAUAUUCAACACAAUUCACGUAACGGAUAUGGCAAACAACAACAUGGACAUACAGAGCAAAGAAAACAAAAUCAAGGAUGACUCCUCAGACAAGGGCGUGAGCUUCAGUGAGAAUGAGGAGUACCUAAAGAGCUGCCCUUCAGCUGACCAGGACAUAUCUGAGUGUUCUUCCUUGCAGUAUCCUUGCAUCAGCUGUGAUAGGAGUAUUGAUUGUCGAUAUGGAGGCUUCUACAACUACUCCUGCACUGUAAAACCUAAAAUUGUGUGCAAUGGCACCAAAACAUUCAACAGAACAGCCAUGUGCAGAUUUUGUUACCAGACUGAAAAAUGGGAACACCGUUGUGAACAAAAAGCAAACUGCAACUCACUGGCUUCACCAUUAAAAUAUUACUUGACGAAUUGCACGGUAUCCGACGACGUCAUUUGUUUGGGCAAGCGCCGGUUCUUAAAGAAGAUCCGAUGUUCAUGGACGGCCGGCACUCGUUGGGGCACAGCCGUCAUUCUCGCGCUCACACUCGGCGGCUUCGGCGCAGACCGCUUCUACCUCGGCCACUGGCAAGAAGGCAUCGGCAAACUCUUCAGCUUUGGCGGCCUCGGAGUAUGGACCCUUGUAGAUGCCUUACUCAUCGGAAUUCACCAUUUAGGACCAGCUGAUGGCUCCCUAUAUAUUUAAUUUAUUGUCGUUGUAUUAGUUUAAGUUUAUAAAAAGUUUAUGUCGACAAAAAGUUGUUUUUUUU